AUGGACACGCAUGAUGGCCGGCGCAGUUCCCCCGUCCUGAAUGAAAUCCCCAAACCGGAUGAAACCCCAGAUCCAGUCAAGCUGCCAAGAGGUAUCAGUGACGUUGAGGUCAAGGAGUCUCGGGACGCUACAUCUGAAGAAGCAAUUUUGUCAUAUUUCUCCCGAUGUCAUAAUUACCUUAACCGUCUCGCCGUUACUCCCGUUUAG